AUGGAUGAUGCAAAAAUUGAUAUUAAAAAAAUGAUCUCAAGACAAAUAAGAAAUCAACCAUUAUCAUUAUAUAGUCGUCAACUCUUCGAGAGAAUACGUAAACCAUAUCAAAGAAUUGUUCGAAAAAAUCUUUAUGAUUUAAUUGAAAAUUUGAAUAAUUCGACCAAUUUGAAAAUUCUUAAAUCUAUGGUGGAAGAUCCGAGUGUACACCUUUCGGAGAAUGAUCUAUACGCUUUACAAGAAGAAUUAACCUUUAUUCAAGAAUUUGACGAAUUUACGCAAGAUAAUCUGGAAAAACUCGAAACUCGUGUUAAAACCAUUACAUCUGUUCUUGAAUUCGUCAAAUUAUUCAUCUAUCACUUCCUGGGCAACAUCAUUAAAUCAUUAUAUCCCAAAGGAGGAGACAAUUCACAAGUCAAUCUUCGUGUGGAUUACUUUAUAAAAGAUUUGGUGGGAUCAUUAGGACACUCUGGAUUUGAUGGAUGUAUUGGAAGAAAUAUGCCUUUUUUGUCUCUACCUUUAAAGCAGCGUUGGGAAAGGUUACGUAAUACUUGUGACUUUGGAAAUUUGGUAUCUCCCUUCUUUACAAAUUAUUACCUUUUAAAGAAAAUUAAAAUGAUUAUUAAAACUUGGUCUUAUGAGGGUAACAAAAUAAUGAUUUCAAAAUAUGGGAAGCGUUUGUUAUUAGAGUUCAUGUGGAUGCAUGCCGAUAAUAUUUGGUCUGAAGAAAUGAAAUGUAAUCGAAAGAUGAAUUCAAGUAAUGAUGAAAUCCUUACACAGUGCCAGUUAAAUAAUAUUGUAUCCUUGUUUGGAAUUUUGGACCUAAUGGAAAGUUAUAUGGUCGAAAGUGAAAGUUUAUCAAUUUUGGCACUUGUCUAUUAUUUUGUUAAAGAAUCUUUACAAAAAACGACAAGUGCCCCGAUACAAAUCAAGUCCACCAUCAUUUUACUUCGAUUAUAUUUUCGUGAUGGAAAUUUUUCUAAAAUUAUCGACCAGGAUUUUGAAACUUACCUACAAGACCUUUGUAAAGAAAGCACGGUGGCUAUGACUCAUUUCAAAACAUUUCUAUUAGCUAUAAAAUCAAAAUUAUGUCAAGAGAUUUCAAUGAAUGAUACCUUAUUUGAAAAUUUGGAAACGAACUUUUUAUCACCAAUACAAAAUGGAGGGAAAAUAUCAAGCACGAAUAAAAAUAUGAUCGAUUUAAUAGCAGAUGAAAUGAUGUGUUCGGUUACUUUAGAACCUGGAGAGAAUCUUUGUAUUCUUGGGUGUAAGCACAUCAUCAGUUACGAAACAUUCCUCAAUAUAUUAAGAAUGUCAAAAUAUAAAUGUCCUCAAUGUCGUCAAGAUAUACAAGGUAACGAAUGUAUCUUCUUACCGCAAAGCCACAUAUAUUCAUAUUUUUAUGUUCACUUUGCCGCGUUCGGAAUAGUUAGUACAACACCGAUUCUUACGGCCAAGGCAAAUAGGGAAAGUUAUUUUUCGACUCCUUUAAUCAGAUUUGAUUCUGCAACGAUGUCAUCGACCGUUUUUAAUCUUGAGGAAUCGGAGGGGUUACCAAAUCAUAAAUCAAAUAUUCACAGGGAACCAUACCGAAUUUGGUGGCCUCUAAAGAUGGCAAAGAAAUUGCAUCCAGCUUAUAACGAGGCAUUAAAGGCUCUAAAUAAUAAGCGAUAUGAAGAAACUGUGUUGUGGCUUACCUGCCUAUUGCAACAUUAUCCAAGUAGUUACUCUGCGAGAUGCGAUCGUGCGUAUAUUAAUUCCUUGUUACUUGGUCAGCAUUUUCGAGCACUUGAAGAUUUAAAUAUUGCUUUAUGUAUAAAGAAGAAAAAUCCGCAUGCUUGGUAUUUACGUGGAGAAAUAUUUCGAAGGAUUGGCCAUUAUGAGGAUGCACUCGUUGAUAUAAAUAAAUCAUUACAAUUAUCAUCAGAAAGCGCUAUUUCAUAUGGAAUUCGUGGUGCCAUACUUUAUAAAUUGAAAAGAUUUAAUAAAGCGCUUGAGGAUUUAGAUUGUUCUUUACAAAAGUUACCUAACAAUGGAUACUGUCUUAGUUUUCGAGGGGCUACACUAAUGAAAAUUGGAUCGAAUAAUAAGGCGCUUGUUGAUUUUAACAAAGCCUUAGAGAUUAAUUCUGGUGAUGCGUUUGCGCUUGUUAAACGAGCGAGUCUUCAUCAUACACUUUGUUUGAAUGAUUCUGCACUUAUCGAUAUCAAUAAUGCUCUGAGCAUUAAUCCAUGUAAUUACAAGGCGCUUUUGAUUCGAGGAGAGAUAUUUGCUGCGAUGAAACGAGACUCGGAAGCAUUAUUAGACAUCAAUAAAUCUUUAGGUAUAAACCCAAACAACAUUAAAGGAUUGAAAAUUCUUGCCAAAUUAUAUCAUAAAAUGAAUCGUAAUGAAGAGGCUCUUGAGAAUCUAGAUAAAGUAUUGAAUCUGAAAUCUAAUGACGUUUCAAUACUUGAAUUACGAGGUGAAAUUUAUCGAUCGAUGUGCUGUUUUGAAGAAGCGAUUGAUGUUUUUAAUCGAAUAUUACAACUCGAUUCCAAUAAUAUAUUUGCUUUAUCCUAUCGUGGUGCUACAAAAUAUGAUCAGGAAUUAUAUGAAGAAGCCUUGAUGGAUGUGAAUAAAGCCUUUGAAUUACGACGAGAAAACAAUUCAUUUAUAUUAAAGACGAGAGCAAGGAUCUUUAUAGCAUUGGAGCGAUUUCAUGAAGCAUUAAUGGAUCAAAAUAAAAUAUUAGAAAACGAUCCCGAUAAUAGUGUCAUCCUUUUAGAACGAAGGGAAGUGUAUCAUAAAUUAGGUGUUUGUGAUAAAGCACGCCCGAAUUCGACACAACGAUGUAGGAUAACAUUAAAGCCUACUUAUACAUGCUAA